CUCCUGUCAACAGAACAACUGGCAGCCAUUCCAGAAUUCCAGGGCCUGGGUUCUCUCUUCAAGACGUCGGAGGCGGUGCAGCUGACCGAGGCGGAGACUGAGUAUGUGGUGCGCUGCGUCAAGCACACCUUCGCCAGACACAUGGUGUUCCAGUUCGACUGCACCAACACGCUCAAUGACCAGCUCCUGCAGAAGGUUAUGGUUCAGAUGGAGCCGUCGGAGGCCUACGAGGUUCUCCACUACGUCCCUGCUGCUAACCUGCCCUACAGCCAGCCUGGCUCCUGCUACAGCCUGGUCAGACUGCCUGAAGAUGACCCCACCGCAGUGUCCUGUACGUUCAGCUGUACUCUGAAGUACCUGGUGAAAGACUGCGACCCCAACACAGGAGAGCCCGAUGACGACGGUUACGAUGACGAAUAUGUGCUGGAAGACUUGGAGGUGACCGUUGCAGACCACAUCCAGAAGGUGUUGAAGCCUAACUUUGCCGCAGCCUGGGACGAGGUGGGAGACGACUUUGAGAAGGAGGAGACGUUCGCCCUGGCCUCUGUCAGAACGUUAGACGAGGCUGUUGGUAACAUCAUCAGUUUCCUGGGCAUGCAGCCCUGCGAGCGUUCAGACAAGGUCCCAGAAAACAAGAACUCACACAUCCUCUUCCUUGCCGGUGUGUUCCGGGGGGGUCAUGACGUGCUGGUUCGCUCGCGCCUGGCCCUGGCAGACGGUGUCACUAUGCAGGUGACGGUCCGCAGCUCGGAUGAGACUGUUGUUGACAUCAUCCUAGCCUCCGUGGGCUAGAGGGCGCCAGCGGGGGAUGUUCACCAACAGGCCGUGUCAAUACAAUGGCAUAUUCUAGUUGUUUUCUCCUCUUUUUCCCAUUCACAAUAUUCUCUACACAAUGUCCUCCCCUGCUUUAUGUCGUUGGAAUGUGUCUUGUGUUUUUGGGUAGUCUGAGAUGGAAGACAUUAUGGUGAGGUGUGUGUACUACUGGCACCCUUCAACACAACUCAUCUCUGUAGACUGGCCCCAGAUCUGUUUGUGCUAUAUAACCAACUCCAAUGGUCAUUCAUAGGUGUUGGCAAGGCAGCACAAACAGAUCUGGGACCAGGCUAGUGUCAUUAAUGGCCCACGUUUUAUCAAAUCUAUUAAAUGUUGACCAUGGAAGUACUGAA